AUGAGCGAAGUGAAACCAGAGACGGAGCACGUAGAACAUAGAAAAGAUGAAAAAAAUGUCCAUAUUGGCAUUCAGUCGAUUCCCUCAUUAGAUGCUGAUGGAAAGCCCGUAGAGGUUUCAGAAGUGGAGCGACCUAAGUUGCUCAGUAAACAAUUGAUACCGCUUUAUUGUUGUUGCCUUAUUGUGUACUUUUGUUCUACUAUGAAUGGAUUCGAUGGUAGUUUAAUGGGUAGUAUUUAUACUUUACCAGACUACCUUGAGUAUUAUAACUUAGAUAUGAGUUCUACUGGAACUGGUCUUAUUGUCUCGAUAUAUUAUGUUGGACAAAUCGUUGGCGCAUUCUUUUGCUCUUUGAUGGAUUGGAAGGGAAGAAAAGUAGCUAUUCUCACGGGAUGUGUUGGUGCUUGUAUUGGUGCGGUGAUUACUGCAGUUGCAAAAGACACUAAAACUUUAAUUGGUGGUAGAUUCUUUCUUUCUUUCUGUACUACGAUUGCUGUUGCGGCUGCUCCAGCUUACUGUGUUGAAAUUUCUCCCUCCCAUCUUAGAGGAACUGUUGCUGGUCUUUAUAACACUCUCUGGUAUGUGGGCUCUCUUGUUGCUGCAUUCACGGCUUAUGGCGCAGAUUUGAAUUAUCGUGGAUCCACCAAAUCGUUUAAGCUUCCUCUUUGGUUGCAAAUAAUUUUUCCAGGUAUAGUAGUAUUAUUUGGCUGGCUUAUACCUGAAUCUCCUAGAUGGUUGGUUGGGGUUAAAAGGAUUGAUGAGGCUAGAAAAAUUAUUGCUAAGUACCAUUGUAACGGUGACGAAAAUCAUCCAUUAGUAGAUCUUGAAAUAGCAGAAAUGAUUGACUCUUUCAACGAUGUAAAACUUUCUGAUCCUAUUAAGGUGCUUGACAUGCGGACACUAGUCAUAAAACGUUCUGAUAGGUACAGGCUCGGUCUAGUAAUUGCAAUGUCUUGGUUUGGCCAAUUCUCAGGAAACAAUGUUGCUUCUUAUUAUCUUCCAACAAUGCUCAACAAGGUCGGUAUGACUUCAGCUUCAACUAAUGUGCUCAUGAAUGGUAUUUAUUCCCUCGUUUGUUGGUUUGCCUCGAUAUUGGGGUCUUUUUCACAUGAUAAGGUCGGUAGGAGAAAGAUGUUCAUGUUUUCUACUAUAGGUGCGUCAUUAAUGUUAUCGGGUCUUGCUAUUUGUACAGCCAGAUAUAACAUUACACCAACACAUGCUGCUUCAACUGGUACGCUUGUUUUCAUAUAUCUCUUUGGUGUGAUCUUUUCAUUUGCAUUCACACCAAUGCAACCAAUUUACCCAUCCGAAGUUUCAUCUAAUAUCUUAAGAUCCCGUAGUAUGAUAGUCGUCUAUGUUACAUCAGGUAUCGCAUCGUUUGUUAACCAAUUUUCGGCACCGAAGGCGAUGGAAAAUAUUGGAUAUUGGUAUUAUGUUUUCUUCGUCUUCUGGGAUAUUUUUGAAUUUAUCAUUAUCUAUUUCUUUUUCGUUGAAACUAGGCAUAAAUCUCUUGAAGAAUUAGAAAAAAUAUUCGAAGCAAAAAAUCCAAGGAAGGUCUCUGUUGGAAAUUAUGGCGACGAAGGCGAGAAAAUAGAAGAGGUAGAGCUUGCAAGGCAAAAGCAUGUUAUAGCCCUCACCAAUCAAUUCGUUAACGAACGAUCUGCUAACCAAGAUGUAUGA